GAGAGUGAAAAAAAAAAAAGUUUAAAAGUCAAGUCAAUUUUGGGAUUUUAUUGCAAAAUCUAUAUUUAUAGAUUUCACUCACCAUUCCAUCAAAGUCUGAGGAAUAAGACUCGUUAAAAGCCCAAGACUCUGGCGUGACACCGCAAGGAAUACACAAAAUUGACGAAAUCAGCAUGAAGAUCUUGGUCUUGAGCUUCUUCUGUUACUUCUUCUUCUUCUUCUUCACUCCUUCUCUCUGCAGGGUACCGUCUGAAACACAAUUAGUAACUGAACCAGAGCAUGCUAGCACCCCACCAAGAGGUUGGAACUCUUACGAUUCCUUUUGCUGGACUAUUUCCGAGGAAGAAUUCUUGCAAAGUGCUGAAAUUGUUUCUAACCGUCUUAAGCCACAUGGAUAUGAGUAUGUUGUGGUGGAUUACCUUUGGUACAGAAGGAAGGUGGAAGGUGCUUACACUGAUUCUCUUGGAUUCGAUGUAAUUGAUGAAUGGGGGAGGCCGAUUCCUGACCCAGAAAGAUGGCCUUCAUCCAAAGGUGGGAAAGGUUUUUCAGAAGUAGCCAAGAAAGUACAUAGCAUGGGUUUGAAGUUUGGAAUUCAUGUUAUGAGAGGGAUAAGCCUGCAAGCUUUUAAUGCAAACACCCCCAUCUUUGACUCUGUCAAGGGAUCUGCCUACAAAGAGUCUGGUAGACAGUGGAGGGCAAAAGAUAUAGGGCUCAAGGAGAGGGCUUGUGCUUGGAUGUCACAUGGUUUCAUGAGUGUAAAUACCAACCAAGAAGCUGGAAGAGCCUUCUUGAGGUCACUUUAUCUCCAAUAUGCUGAGUGGGGUGUUGAUUUUGUAAAGCAUGACUGUGUAUUUGGUGAUGAUUUGGAUAUAGAUGAGAUAACCUUUGUAUCAGAGGUUCUGAGAAAGCUUGAUCGCCCCAUUUUAUAUUCGUUGUCCCCUGGUGCUAGUGCGACACCAGCUAUGGCUAAAGAUGUUAGUGAACUCGUCAAUAUGUACAGGAUUACUGGGGAUGAUUGGGAUACAUGGAGAGAUGUUGUGUCCCAUUUUGACAUUAGCAGAGACUUCUCUACCUCUAAAAUGAUAGGUGCCAAGGGCUUGCUGGGGAGGUCGUGGCCUGACUUGGAUAUGUUACCAUUGGGAUGGCUCACUGAUCCAGGUUCAAAUGAAGGUCCACAUAGACUGUGUAAUCUUAAUCUAGACGAGCAAAGAACUCAGAUGACUUUAUGGGCUAUGGCCAAGUCUCCUCUCAUGUUUGGAGGAGAUGUAAGAAAGCUGGACGAAACCACAUACAAUCUGAUCACAAACCCUACACUGCUUGAGAUAAACUCUUUUAGCUCAAACAAUAUGGAGUUUCGUUAUAUAACUGGCACAGAGGGAUCAACAAGUAAGAAUAAGGUUCUCUCCAAGGAUUUGGCAGAAGGAAGCAUCUUAGAUAGAAGAGCUUUGGGCCUUUCUGUCUGCAUGGAUCCUAAAGCAAAUGGUUGGUCAAUUAAAGCUCUUGACCAAGAUCUUGAAAAAAUCUGCUGGAAAGAGAAAUUGGGAAGCAAAUUUGAGGAACCUCCAUGCCUUUACAAGAGAAAACCUCUUCUGGCUUCGGGUGAAGAGAUGAUCUACAAGCAACAAUAUGAGGGAACACUCCAUUUAUUAGCAAGUGAUGGUAUGGAAUUAUGCUUCGAUGGUUCUCCAAGAAGGAGGCUUACUUCAAAGGAAUUUGGGGGAGGUUCUUUCUCACCUUGCAAGAUGGAUGCUAAUCAGAUGUGGGAGUUAAAUGCUAAUGGAUCUCUCAUAAACAGUUAUUCUGGUCUAUGUGCAACAGUGGGAUCAUUGGAAGCUGAUGUCGAUUCCAGUGGAACUCGCUCUUGGAUUGCAACUGGAAUAAGAGGAGAAAUAUAUCUUGCUUUUUUUAAUUUGAACCCGGAGAAGAUUGUGAUAUCUGCUAACGUAGCAGACCUUUCUAAGGUACUUCCCUGGAAAAACUUGAAAGGAGCAUCAUGUAAGUACCGUGAAAUUUGGAGUGGAAACUAUGGAGUGACAAAACAGUUGAUAUCAAUAGCAGUGGAGAGGCAUGGUUCUGCUUUGUUUGUUCUGCUUUGUGAUUAGUGUAGGAAAGUUUUAUGGUCAGAUACCCUCUGCCCAUUACCUCUUAUUUUAUGUCUCGAUUUUCAUUCUUAUGCAAUGGUGAUCUAUAUUAUCUAUAUUAAUGCUGUUGUCG